AUGACAUCAAACGUGUCUCAUCCGUACUAUCCACUGGGCUUGGAAGUGCCCCACUACAAGGAAAACAGUCUCGGGCUUGCCGUCACACCAAUUACUCUGGGCUCCUUCGUUGUUAUCUUCGUGUGUUUCUGGAAGUUCGUGAAGCAGGACCGGUUUAACCGUCUCCUAGGAUCAUGGGAGAAGGCUGCGUUGUGCUGGUGGGGGUUAUGUGGUUGCAUCCACGUGAUCAUGGAGGGGUACAUCAGUAUGAAUAGCAGCAACUUUCCCGGAGACAACAACUUAUUGGCACAAAUGUGGAAAGAGUACACAAAGGGAGAUAGCAGAUAUGUGCAGUCCGAUGCCUGUAUUAUAAUCAUGGAGGGACUGACGGCAUGGAUAGAAGGUCCCGGAUGUUUCUUCAUCAUGUGGGCGUUCCUAAACAGACACCCAAUGCGUCACGUGCUCCAGUUCGGAGUCUCCAUUGGUCAAUUCUACGGUACACUUCUGUACUUCUUCACCGAGAUGUUCGACGGUCUAUCCCACGGUCCCCGGUUCCAUCCUCUGUACUUCUGGUUUUACUUCUUCGGGAUGAACUCACCAUGGCUGGUGGUGCCUCCAAUCCUAAUCUAUCAGUCCUGGAAGCAACUCAACCUGGCCCAGCGGCUCCUGGACAAAGAGACUGGAUUCAACCCAGUAAAAGGUGGUAUCUCAAAACGAAAAUAG